UACGAUUUUAAACCAUCUCUUCAAGAAGUUAAAGAUCUUGUGACAGAAAAAAGGGGAAAUACAAUCCCUAUUUAUUGCAGGAUUCCUGCAGACUUACUUACACCUGUUGGAGCUUAUUUACGUAUAACAGAACAAAGCAAAUUUUCUUUUCUUUUUGAGUCUGUAACAGGAGGUGAAAAAAUUGGGAGAUAUUCCUUUGUUGGUGCAGAUCCAUAUAAAGUUCUUAAAGUAGAAGAUAAUGAAGGGGAUCCUUUGAAUUUUCUCGAGGAAGAAUUGAAAUCUGUCAAUUAUAUUCCUGUGCCUGGACUUCCUCUAUUCACAGGUGGUGCUGUAGGAUAUAUCGCAUAUGAUUGUAUAAAAUAUUUUGAACCACGAACUGCACGCGAAUUAGAUGAUCAAUUG